AUGCAGAAUCAAUUCCCGCAUUACGGGCAAGCAGUAGUUCUUCCAUACCAAGUACCUAUGCCACAUGCGUCACCCUCGACAAGCUCAGUUGCGAGCAGCGAAAGCAAAAACACAACGAACGAAGAAAAUCCACAGCCAGGAGCGACGAACAGGAACCGUGGCUCUAACUGGGCAGACGCGGAGACAAGCUAUUUACUUGAAUUGCGGAGGGACAAUUUCCCAAUCAGCAAGAAAAGAAACAGCACUGUGUGGGACGCCAUCGUAAAGAAGCUCAAUUCCAUUUUUAAAUACAAGGGAAUACCAAGCUACCGCACUAGUACACAGUGUAAGGCGUGCAUCAAAUACCUUCAGGAC